AUGUGGAGUAAAGGGCGACAGACGUCUGGGCUAGCAGGGCUAAUCGGGCGAUCGGAACCCUCGAGCAUUGUGAGCGUGGAGGCGGAACAGAAGAGCGGGGAAUGCGAGAGUGAGAGAUUGUGUGCGAGUGCAAAGGAUGAUUCUGACAACGUUACCCGUUUUCUGAUACUUGCAAGGGAACCUAUAAUCCCAGGAACAGCUAGACCUCAUAAGACUAGCAUUGUCUUCAAUCUGGAGGAGGGCCCUGGAAUUUUGUUCAAGGCAUUGGUAGUGUUUGCUCUAAGGGGCAUUAAUUUGUCAAAGAUUGAGAGUCGACCACAAAGAAGGCGGCCUUUGAGGGUUGUUGAUGACUCUAACAAGGGAAGCGCCACAUACUUCGAUUACCUCUUUCACAUAGAUUUUGAAGCUUCUAUGGCGGAGCCCCGUGCCCAAUUUGCUCUGGGACAUCUCCAAGAGUUUGCAAGGUUCCUCCGAGUCCUUGGAUGUUAUCCUGUUGAUACACUUCCAUGAAUGAAUAUGUAUCUUGCCAUUGUGAAUGAGCUUAACUUCUGAAUUCGGAUGAACGGAAAAGUCUCUGUCAGAGUCCUGUAGAUGCAGGGACCAAGAAAGACUCGCUUGAUCCUGUGAAAUGUUCGUAUGGUUGAAAGUGUAUUAUCUGGCAGGUAUCUCAUAUCACCUGACCUUUCAGGGCAUAUGCUAUCUUCAAUCCCAUAGACUGAAACUGUGAGAUUUUUGGUUUUAUAGAAUGUAUUGGCCUUGUAAAUGCUGCAUAAAAUGUAGUCAUAUAGUAGUGUAAUAUCAUUGAUUAUGUGAAUGUGAAUGUGAAUGUGAAUGUG